AUGAAAGGAAACUAUACCCAAAUAAUAAAACUCGAACGUAUUCAAAAUAGAACAUGGUUUAUCCAAUAUUUAGCUCACAGCCAAGAAUUUGAAAAAAGACUCAAGAAAAAUACUGAAAAGCAUUUAUAUCAUGGCUGCCCUGAACAAGCAGCAAAUUCAAUUAUAGAUACUUAUUUCAAUAGGAGUUUUGGUGGAGUGAACGGUGAGUUUUGUCUUUUUGUAGAAGUUUCGGUUUCAUGUGAAUGCAUUUUAUUUUCAGGAAUAGUAUAUGGUAUUGGUGUUUAUUUUUCAUCGAAUGCAGCCUAUAGUCACCACUAUGCUGUAUCAAAUGCCAAUGGAGAACGAUGCAUGUUUCUUGCACGUGUUCUGGUUGGAGAAACAACUCUUGGUCAUAAGUCGAUGAAAGCUCCGCCUAAAGGAUUCGAUUCAACAACUGAUCGGAAUCAUAUUUUCGUCACUUAUCAUGAUGCACAAGCUUAUCCCGAAUAUUUAAUUACUUAUCGGUAG